UCUGAUCCAUUGCCUACAGUAGAUGGCGGUAAUGCUCUGAAAAAGAAUCCGAACCGCCAAUAAGCACGAAGAAGAAGAAGAGGCGAUCCUGCUGCGCAUGCGCGGAGGUCAGACAGCCAAGAUGGCGGCGAGUAACGGCGGAGGAAUGGAGGUGGACGCUGCAGCGAGCCCCAGUGUGAUGGCGUCUGGAGUCACGGGGAGUGUGUCUGUAGCUCUGCAUCCGCUCGUGAUCCUGAAUAUCUCCGAUCACUGGAUCCGGAUCCGCUCGCAGGAGGGACGAGCCAUGCAGGUCGUCGGCGCUCUAAUUGGUAAACAGGAGGGCAGGAACAUCGAGGUGAUGAACUCGUUUGAGCUGCUGUUUCACACCGUAGAGGAUCAGAUUCACAUCGAUAAAGAGUAUUACUACAUUAAAGAAGAGCAGUUCAAGCAGGUUUUUAAGGAUAUGGAGUUUCUGGGCUGGUACACGACUGGUGGCGCUCCGGACCAAUCAGAUAUCCACAUUCAUAAGCAGGUGUGUGAGAUCAUCGAGAGUCCACUGUUCCUGAAGCUUAACCCCAUGACCAAACACACCGAUCUGCCAGUCAGCGUGUAUGAAUCUGUGAUUGACAUCAUCAGCGGAGAGGCGACUAUGCUGUUUGCUGAGCUGCCGUAUACACUAGCGACAGAAGAAGCAGAGCGCAUCGGAGUCGAUCACGUCGCACGGAUGACAGCCAUCGGGACGGGAGAGAACUCCACUGUGGCGGAGCAUCUGAUCGCUCAGCACAGUGCUAUAAAGAUGCUGCACAGCCGUGUGAAGGUCAUUCUGGAGUACGUUAAAGCAGUGCAGGCAGGUGAGGUCCCGUUCAAUCAUGAGAUCCUGCGGGAGGCGAACGCUCUCUGUCACCGUCUGCCGGUUCUCAACACGCUCAAGUUCAAGACAGACUUCUAUGACCAAUGUAAUGACGUGGGUCUGAUGGCGUAUCUGGGAUCCAUCACCAAAACCUGCAACAGCAUGAACCAGUUCAUCAACAAGUUCAACGUUCUGUACGACAGGCAGGGCAUCGGCCGGCGCAUGAGGGGCCUGUUCUUCUGAAGCUCCUGCUGUUCAUUUAAUAAACCUGAUGUCUCUGUGUUCAA